CCGGCGGGAGGGCCGCCCGUUCGAUCUGCGACACGUGCAUACAAACACCAAGUCGAUUGCUCGACGCUCGCGAAGAUUCCCCCGCGCUGCCAGACGCUAAAGCCACCCAACUCUUUGUGGCUUGCAUCGCCAUGGCCACAGUCCCGACGGACCGCCACGCCACGCAUAGCCACGUUCGCUUACGCAAAAGCCUUGCGUCAACGCGUACACCUGCUCUACAGCCCUGCGAGCCAUGGGGCGCUCGUGAAAGCGUCCCUCCUCCUCGCUCAACGAUAGGAACGCAACGAUCACCCAACCAGCCGACGGCUCCUUUUCGCCAUCGAGGGCGAGCGGCUACUACCGUACAGAGUACAUGCUUUGGAGUGUCGUACUGUUUGGCUGUCGACGAGAGCUCGCUCGUCGCUGCGAAAACCCGCCAUCGGGACGCCAAGUUGCGUGCGAUUAGCCGCAUGACCAUCGCGUGGUGGCAAGCCCAAUCUUUUUGUUGCAUAGCAGGGUCUUCCACAUCAUCCUCGACGUCAUUUCCGCUUUUGCCUCCAACUGCAAAGAUGGCCCUGACCCACGAAGAAGAGACGCUGUGCGUCAACACGGUGCGCAUGCUCGGCGCCGACCAGCCGACGGCCGGCAAGUCGGGCCACCCCGGCGCGCCCAUGGGCUGCGCGCCCAUGGCCCACACGCUCUUUGGCAAGGUCAUGCGCUUCAACCCGAGCAACCCCAAGUGGGCCAACCGCGACCGCUUCGUGCUCUCCAACGGCCACGCGUGCGCGCUCCAGUACUCGAUGCUGCACCUCACGGGCUACGACGUGCCGAUCGAGAGCCUCAAGUCGUUCCGCCAGUGGGGCUCCAAGUGCCCGGGCCACCCCGAGAACUUUUGCACGCCCGGCGUCGAGGUCUCGACUGGUCCGCUUGGCCAAGGUCUCUCGAACGCGGUCGGUCUCGCGAUCGCCGAGAAGCACUUGGCCGCCGAGUUCAACAAGGACGGCCACAACAUUGUCGACCACUACACGUACGUCAUUUGCGGCGACGGCUGCAUGCAGGAGGGCGUCACGUCCGAGGCGUCGUCGCUCGCGGGCCACCUCGGCCUCGGCAAGCUCAUUGUCUUGUACGACGACAACUUGAUCACGAUCGACGGCCACACGGACAUUUCGUUCACGGAAGAUGUCGCCAAGCGCUACGAAGCGUACAACUGGCACGUGCAGGUGGUCGACGACGGCAACUACGAUUUCGAGGCGCUCCACAAGGCCGUGCUCGCCGCCAAGGCCGUCACGGACAAGCCGUCGCUCAUCAAGAUCCGCACGACGAUCGGUCUCGGCUCCAAGAUUGAAAACACGCACUCGGUGCACGGCGCGCCGCUCAAGGCCGACGACACGGCGUCGAUCAAGGAGAAGUUUGGCCUGAAGAACGAACCGUUCUUUGUCCCGGACGUGGCCCGCGAGUACUAUGACCGCCGCGAGGUCGGCGCGUCGCAGGAGGCCGAGUGGCAGGCGCGCUUGGACGCGUACGCCGCUGCAUACCCGGUGGAAGCCGCCGAGUUUGUCCGCCGCAUGGAGGGCCGUCUUCCGGACGGCUGGAAGGCCAACUUUCCGACGUUCUCGCCCGAAGACAAGGGCCUCGCGACGCGCCAGUUCUCCGAGAAGGCGCUCAACGCCGCCGCCGCGGCCUUGCCCGAGCUCGUCGGCGGCUCGGCCGACCUCACGCCGUCGAACCUGACCAAGCUGACCAUGUCGGGCGACUUCCAGAAGGACACGCCGAUCGGCCGGUACCUGCGCUUUGGCGUCCGCGAGCACGGCAUGGCGGCGAUCUGCAACGGCCUCUUUGCCCACGGCGGCGUGCGUCCGUUCUGCGCGACGUUCUACAACUUUAUCGGGUACGCGCUCGGGGCGGUCCGCGUCUCGGCGCUCUCGCAGUUUGGCGUGCUCUACAUUGCGACCCACGACAGCAUCUUCCUCGGUGAGGACGGCCCGACGCACCAGCCGAUCGAGAUGAACGCGUCGCUGCGGUCGAUGCCCAACAUGUUUCUCUACCGUCCGGCCGACGGCAACGAGGUCUCGGGCGCCUACAUUGACGCGAUCGAGCACCAGACGCAGACGUCGGUGCUGACGUUUACGCGCCAGGGCGUGCCCAACCUCCAUGGCUCGUCGGCGGCGAAGGUUGCGCUCGGUGCGUACGUGCUCUCGCCGGUUGUCCGUGGCGAGGUUGUUGUCGCUUUCGCUGGCGCUGUCGAUCUCGUCAUGAUCGCGACCGGCUCGGAAGUCUCGCUCGCGAUCGAGGCGGCGACGCUCCUCCCGGACAAGGUUGUCCGCAUCGUCUCGGCGCCGUGCGUCGACAUCUUUGAAAAGGCGUCGGUCGACUACAAGAAGGAGGUGCUCCUCGAGGGUGUCCCGAUUCUCAGCGUCGAGGCGGCGUCGACGUACGGCUGGGACCGCUUCUCGCACCUGCAGUUUGGUCUCGACCGCUUUGGCGCGUCGGCGACGAUCGAGCAGCUCCGCGAACACUUUGGCUUUAACGCGCCGGCGGUCGCCGCCGAGGCGCAGAAGUUGUUGGCGUUCUACGCUGGCCGCGCCGUGCCAUCGCUCUUUGACGUGCCGGCCCGCCGCGUCGUCAAGGAAGGCCACCACUAAAUGUGCAGCUAAGCUUACAAUUUGGAUUAUACUAGUCUUGGACAUGCAGCGUACAAAGCGCAAGGACCGUGUUCACGGUCGAGAUGGUGAAGGUUCUAGAUCAACAACACCGCAAGCACCGCCCGUCACGAUAAAGCGUUGAGAGCUCC